CCGAGAGCGCGCGGCAAAGUCACGUGAGGGCUAAGGGCGAGCCCGUCGCCCAGGGAACGGUUUGCCACCUAGGAGCCGCACCCGCCUGCAACCAGCCUGGCCCUUCAUCGCGAGCUACACCCGGGCCAAGAAGCCCCGGCCAUGUCUGCGUCGGCCGGCGUGUCCUCUUCUGUGGGUGACGGGGUGCCUGAAACUGAGAAGAACGUAGGGGAGCCUGAGAACACCUAUAUAUUGCGGCCCGUUUUCCAGCAAAGGUUCAAACCUUCUCUGGUUAAAGACUGUAUCCAUGCUGUGCUCAAGGAGGAAUUGGCAAAUGCUGAAUAUUCUCCAGAAGAAACACCUCAGCUCACAAAACAUUUAUCAGAAAACAUUAAAGAUAAGUUAAAAGAAAUGGGAUUUGACCGAUACAAAAUGGUGGUGCAAGUAAUAAUUGGAGAACAAAGAGGUGAAGGUGUAUUCAUGGCUGCUCGCUGUUUCUGGGAUGCUGACACUGAUAACUAUACUCAUGAUGUUUUCAUGAAUGACAGUUUAUUCUGUAUUGUUGCAGCAUUUGGCAGUUUCUACUAUUGAAUCUUUGAAAAGCUGGGAAAAGAUAUGACCAUGAAGAAAUUUGAACUUUUUUAUAUUGUUAAAUAGCUAGACAAAAUAAAGAUAAAUUGGCAGUUUGA